UUGUAAAUCUAGUUUCCUACAUCGUCCUGCUUCAAGUCGCGAGCGCAAUGGUCCUCUUCUUCACUUCCACUGUGGUCGAUCCGCCAGUAAUGCUUUACAUGGGCAAGGAUAAAGUCGAGAACGAAGAUUUGAUCAAAUAUGCAUGGCCUCAGGAUGUGUGGUUCCACGUCGACAAGCUGUCCUCUGCGCACGUCUAUAUUCGCAUGCCACCGACCAUGAUCUGGGACAGUAUUCCCCAGGCGCUUUUGACCGAUUGUGCGCAGCUGGUGAAAGCUAAUUCGAUCGAAGGAAAUAAGAAAGACAACCUCACCAUUAUUUAUACUCCUGGGAGUAACCUCAAGAAAUCCGGAGACAUGGCCGUCGGUCAGGUGUCGUUUCAUAGUGACAAACAAGUCAAAAGAGUUCACAUUCCAAAGCGAGAAAAUGUAAUUGUAAACCGUCUCAACAAGACAAAAGUCGAGCGGGAUGUGGAUCAUGAGCAAGAGCGCGUAGAGCGCAUCAAGAAAGAGAAUGCAGAGAAAAGAGUUAUAGCUGCUCAAAACAAAAAAGCUGAAGCAGAGCUAGCCAAGGCUAGAGAAGCGGAGAAAGCUUCCCGCUCCUACGAUUUGUUAUUCGAAGUCGAGGAAGAUCCUGAUGCACCGAAGCUGACUGGGAAGGCUAUCGAAGAGGACUUCAUGUAAUCGUAUAAAUCUGAUCCAAGCGCCUGUCAACCAUAUUGUGCUCUCUUGAGUCCGUCGUAAUAUACCUGUAUGGACUUAUAUAUCAGGCAAAUUGCCUCCUGUGAUAUCGGUAACCGGAUAGUUUUGGGUCCUCC